AUGCAAUUCAAGACCUUUUCAACUUUUAUUGUUGCAGCUUGGCUUAUGGCUGCCGUACGUUCAGUUGAUGUGCCGGCAUUGACCUCAUUGACCUCAGUGAUUGAAUCGAUCACGGCUGCUCCAUCAACCAAUACGCCCUUGUUGUCGUAUGCUCAAUCGGCUUAUAGUCGUGUUUCUUCUGAAGUACAAUGGUCGCAAUCACAAGCUGCUGCUCAACAAAGUGAAUCUGCCACCACUGAAGCUAAUCCUUCUGGCACCGAUGGAGCUGCUGGUGCUUCUGAUACAAAUGGCGCUGGUGGUGCUGGUGCUUCCGAUACAAAUGGAGCUGGCGGUGCUGGUGCUACUGAUACAAAUGCUGGUGGAGCUGGUGCUACUGAUACAGCUGCUAGCACUGGUGGCACCGGUAACGAGAAUAGUCAAUCCAUGGGCUCUUCCACCCAAGCCAUGCUCUUGUCAGCUUCUGUGAGCGUUUUCCUUGCUAGCUUUGCUGCCAUGCUCGCUUAA